UAAAUAAAUACAAAGCUUAUACAUACAUACAUACAUACAUACAUAUUACAGUAUAUGUAUAUUUUUAUAUAUAUAACUAUUUUUAAUUGACAUGCACAAAUGUCUAUGUGUCAUUUAUAUAAAGUCAUUAUUGCUCGACAUACGCUGACACACACAGUCGCCCUUUCCUCUCUUUAUCUAGGGUUCGUGAGCGGUGAAGGGAAUCGUACGAUCAAGUGACUGAAUGCAGUGUUAUGCACAAUCGUUUCUCAGAGGUCAUUGAUGUAAAACCCUGUUUGUCGCAAUAAAUUGCUUCAUUUUCCUCGGGUUGAGAAAGAAUGGGGGCCGCUUGUUGUGUUGCUGCGAAGGAUAGAACUAUAACUAGUGGAUCACCUGGUGAAAUUUUGCAGAGGCACACCCGCUAUUCGCCAAGUUGGAGUUUUCGAUGGGACAAUCGUGGACGUGUGGCUGGGGAAGAUGCACCUGCAAGUUGGUUGAAUGAUGGAGGUUAUAGAGUAGAUCAUGUAGAGUUCAAAUCCGGUGCAUGUGCUUCCGAGGAGGGUAGUCCAUUAGAUAGUUUUAGAUCACUUACAUGGCAAAAAUCCCCAUUUUCUGAAAGAAAUGCUGGAAUCUUGAGGCUUCCAUCUUCUGAUCGAGCUAUUUCCCGGAAUGUAUUAGAGGUUAAGGAGCCAACAGACUCGCCGAAUGCUUCUUACCCAUCUCCCAUAAAGUUCUCUCCAUCAGUUUCGUCUGUGACAGCCUCUCCUCUGUCUUCCCAAAGUCACCCUGUCCCCCCAAACUCGACUCCUUCAAGGUUACAUCGCCGAUCCCCAGGACAUCGAUUUCUAUGUCAAGUUUCAGACAGUCGGAUUCCAGAGUACAAGUCCCCGACAUUCUCAAUAUCCGAAGAGCCGCCAUUGUUUCUUACUGCAAAUUGGGGCAACGACUCCACCAGGGGCUCCAAUGGCGGAUCUUCCGACAGCUGGUCAGUCCCGGGCUUCUCCGAAUUCAUGUCUCUCCGCCGCGAAAGAUGGUCUUUUGACAGCGAAACUUCAGUCUUCAAUCGAGACAAGAUUUCCAGAUUCAGCGGGGGCAGUUCAAGAUCGCAUUCUUUCGACCUCCAAACUUGCGGCAUUUGUUCGAAGCUUCUUACAGAGAGAUUAGCUGUCGUCUCCGUUCUUACAUGCGGACAUGUCUACCACGCCGAAUGCUUGGAGUACAUGACCCCCGAAAUCAACAAGUUCGACCCCGCUUGCCCCGUCUGUACCUUCGGCGAGAAACGGGCAGCGAAGAUGUCCGAAAAGUCCAUGAAAGCUGAACUGGAUUCCAAAGCUAGAAAACGGUUCAGGAAGCGGAUCCUCGAUCUCGGUAGCAAUGCGUUCGAUCGCCGCAAAGGUUGGAUAGAGGAAAAGUCUUCCAAGACGAAGGCGAGCUCGAGCAUGAAAAGCUCGUCUUCCUCCCCGUCGGGAGGAAAACCAUUUUUGAAAAGACACUUGUCAUUCUGCUCCAGAACAGGUAAUAGAUCGAUGAUGUCGGAGAAACAAUCUGUUCUAAAAAGGGGCUUAUUCUGGACAAGAUCUAGCAAGCAGUAAUGUGAAGGGAGCUACAUUAUCAAUCCACUGUGGAUUUGGAUUGAUAAUAUUGGUCUCUCCGUUUCCGUUGUCGGGACAAUUUGAUGCAAGCUUUUCGGGUCGGGUCGGGUCGUAGAAGAUAUACUUGCUGGUGCACACACUGUAUAGAAGUACCAAAAUUCAGUAUUGUAUACUUUUAGUGGCAAUGGAAAUUUGUAUGAAUAUCUUCAUCGUGACUCUAUGAUUUGUAUUUUUUUUUUUUUCUAAUGUGAUUUGUUUUUCUUGUC